UCAUAAUCGAAAAUAUUUUUACUUUAUACUUACUUUAAGCUAAUUUAACAAAUAUGUGAGUGCUUCUGUUAAACCUAAAUAAAGAUCCAGGGGGAUAGCACCAUGGAAGCUAGUUUUUCCCAAGCAAACGGUGGGCAAGAAAAUCAAAGACUCAAACAACCAAAUGGAGAAAUAAAGCAAGAAGACGAUAACCAAUGUAGAAAUAAUGGAAUUACGUCGCCAUGUGAGGAAAACCAUUCUUCCUUCCAAAAGUUUACAGAGCCUCCAUUCAAGACCUACGAAAAACUUGCGGGAACUGUUGAUCAGGGAAGAGAAUACGAACAAAUGAUGUGUGCAUUGUAUGCUUUAAAGUUGACUGCAUCCGACGAUGUGAAGGAUUUUGAAAUGACAACGAACAAUAAAAAUUUCGGAGCAUUUAAUGACAUCGUCAUUAAAGUUGAAUUCAACGACGGAAGAACAUGCACUUUUCUCUUUCAACUUAAACACAAAGAAGCUGCGAAACCUGUCAGGAAAACGGAUUUGUGUGCCGGUAAACGUGACUUUGACAUUGAAAAACAUUUUAAAUCUCUCACAGAGAUCGUAAGUGAAGAUACAGAGUGUAUUCUAUAUACAAACUCUCCGGUAGAUUUUAAAAGCAAGACCAGUGUAGAAAUUGGGGAGAGCUUUGAAGUAGAUAAGUGUGAUUUUGUAGAAUAUAAAGAGCUGUUUUUAAACACAGCCUGUACAGAGCACAACAUUUUCCGGGUCACGAAAAAAUCCGGUGAUAAACAUCACAGGUUUUACUUUUUUGCUGGACAAGAUAAUUUCGAGCAGACCGAGCAAGACGUGCAACAAAUGCUAUGGCACUUGGUGCAGUGCGACAUUUAUGUCUCUUUUGCACACUUUAUGAAAAAAUGGUGGUCAAAAAAUUAUGUUCUAAAUAAAGAUGAUGUCAUUUCAACGUUAACACAGUUGUCACUUUCACCAUACAUCAAAAGUUUAAGUGACAAGAAAAAAAAUCCGAAAACAGAAUACCUUGCGGAGGCAAUCAUGAAUUUUUCUACAACGAUUGUAGAAAAAACUGACGAAGAUAUUGUCGAACACAUUUGGUCGAUAGAGGACAUUUCACAUAAUGAAAUUACUAAAGUCAAGGAAAAAUUCGCAGUAGAAACUAUACACCGUUCUAAGGUCUUAUGGUACUUGAACAAGGUUCCUUUGAUCGUAAAAAUCGAUGAUACAAACAAAACUGUAAUAAAAGCUGUGAUGAACCUAAUAAAUAGAAGUGUCAAUCAGAAGAAAAUUAUUGUAGUGGGAAGUGUCACGAGAAGCGAAUUGACCGAAAGAGAAGUUUUCCAAGAUUUGUCAGAUCUAAUUAAAAAAUACCAAAAGGAAGCCUUCCUCCGAAAUCUCUUAGAAAGUUUUGUGAUUUCUAUACAAGAAAAAGAAUUAAUUUGUUUGGAAAAAUUCAUAGGUAACAAUUGUGAACUUGCAAAAGUUUUUAGAGUUGCCGAUUUGCUGAAAAUGUCGCAAACAUGUUUGCAUGUGGGUAAAAGACAGAAAUUACCUAAUUUACAUAUAACAAGCAGUGUUUCAACAAUUUUUGUCAAGACUACGAAUAUUCACAGUAUUUACGAAUCACAAAAAAAUCAAACAAUGGUAAUCAUUAAUUGUGAUAAAACAUAUGUCGAUGAAUUGUCACAAUACAAAAGAUUUCAUUGUGUUGAAAUAGAUGACUACUUGCAAGAAAGCCAUAAUGAAAGUAAAGAUAUUGUAAUAGCUUCAACAAAAAGAAGAUGUACAUAUGAUGAAUUCAUCCACGUUUGUAACAAAUCUAACAAGCUAAAUGUAUACCUGUUUCAAAAAUUUGAUGAUGAAUUGUCUGUGCUCCUCUUACGACAAGGAAAUGAGUUAUCAAGCUAUUUUAUUGAGGAACAAACGAAUGUAAGACAAAAAGAUAUAUUAUUACACUAUUUUGAUAAACCAGUCAAUGCAAUUUGUGGUCCAACUGGUAUUGGUAAAUCAACACUAAUGAAAUACCUUUGCAAUACGUGUCUUGAAAGCGAUUGGGGAAGUUACGUUGAUCUAGGAAAAUGCAAUUUAUUGUUUUCAGAAUGUCCAGACUUUGAAACAAUGUUGAAUUACUUUUUGAGAGAUGGAAAUUCGGAAGAAAAGACGACUGAAGAGAGAAUUCAAACUAUUUUGUGUAAGCAUAAAAGAUUAAAUUUAUAUCUUGAUGGUUUAAACGAAAUUAGUUUUUCUUGUGCAAAUAUUGUGCUGGAUUUCGUAAAACAAGCUUCAUCAAGAGGAAUUAGUGUAUGGAUUUCAUCGAGAGAUAAUUUACGAGAAAUGUUAUCAAAAAGAUACAAUAUUGUCCCAAUCGAGAUACAUGGGUUUAGCAGAGAACAACAAAAAAUAUAUAUACAGGGAAAACUUGGACAAAAAUAUGCUAAAGCACAAAUAGAGAAAAUAUUGGCUGUAAUAUUUACAAGUGUAGAUUUUAACAAUUGCCAAGAAUUGUUAGAAAUUCCUAUCCUAAUACAAAUGAUUACAGAAACAUUUCUUGGUAAUGACGACGCAUACAAAACCAUGGAAGAAAAAAAUAUACUCGUUUCAACGAAAAUCCAUCAUUUGUUGUUGAAAGGAAAAGUAACACAUGCCCUUAAUAAAAUAGUCAGUAAAGAUAUUUUAGAUCAGCUUGACGUUAUCUCCUCCGCACAAUUAAAACAAUACGAAGUUUCUGCUCUAAAUGCAUGCUUGGAUGUAAAUGAUUUUCGAAAUAUAAAGCUGAAUUUAAAAAAAUUUAAAGAUUUUACGAAUAAAAUAAAAAGUAAUGGUGACAAGUACGGAAUAAUCAAAACAAUAAGUGCAAAUGGCGAUCCAAUAUUUGAGCAUCGUAUUUGUGCGGAAUACUUGACUUGUGUCUGGUUAAAAAAGCAUAAAGAUAAGACUUUGCUGCAAAAAGUAAUGUUUGUUGAAAGAUACAAAAAUUUACGAGUUAUUUUUGAUUUAUUACUGGCAGAGAACAGUCCGCUACAUUUGUCUAUUAUUUCUAAGAAUUUGGAUCAGUUUGAAAAGUACAAAGAUAAAAUGAACACCAAAGAUCGAGGAGGUCGAACGCCAAUGCAUAUUAUAUGUACAUACGGAAUAGAAUAUCCGGACAAUAUUACGCGCAUCCACAAUCGAGAGUAUUCUUGGUACAUGACAAUGGUAAAAGUACUCGUAAAGGAAUGCACCAGCUUUGACAGCAAAGACGAUCUACUUAAUUACACUUGCUUGGAUUACUGUCUUGAGGCGAAUUGUUUGUACGUGUUGGAAGCAAUUUUGGAAAAUAAACUGGCCCAUUUUAACGAUAUUAAGGAAAAGAUUUUUAAACACUACAAACGAGAGACACUAGUGUACUAUGCGGCACAAAUGGGAUAUCCCUACUUGUUUUGUGCUCUAAUUUUAGAAAAAUCAUCACUUAUAAAUAAAAAAAUAGGCAAUCAAACUUUGUUGGCAACGGCAAUUAACGGAACAUGGAACGAUUGCGUUACACCACCUAGAAAAGGGAAUAUUGACGUUGUAAAUAUUUUAUUAAAAAAAAUUCAAGACAUAAACACCGCAAGUGACUAUUAUAUAGGUGAUACUUCUAUCUUAGAUAUGGCAUGUAAAAACUGUAAAUACGACAUGUUAGAAGUAUUAGUCGAAAACGGAGUUGAGUGUAGUGGUGGCAAAACUAUAUGGCAUCAACUAGCAACAAAUAAAACGAAAUAUAACGGAGCAGAAUUAGAGUUAUUAGAGAGAAUUCCUGUAGAUGUAAACAAAAAGUGCAAUAAAGGAUUAACCGCAUUACACGUUUCAAGCAAGUUUUGUUCGAUGUCAGUAGCAGAAAUAGUACUGAAAAAAGGAGCGAAUUUAAACAUUACAGAUGAAGAAGGCAACAGCCCAUUACAUUUUGCAUCAGAAUCAAAUGAAGUUAAUUUAGAUAUGAUUAAAAUGUUUCUUGCAAAAGGCAUCAACGUGAAUGCUCAAAAUAAAAAUGGAACGACCGCUUUACAAAUUGCAUGCCGGAACAAUGAUUAUGAACUUACAGAACUAUUGUUGGGUUCUGGCGCUUCGAUUAAUAUUAACGACAAACAUAACAAAAACGUGUUGCAUUAUGCAUCAGAAUCAAAGAAAAACAAUCGGGACAUAAUAAAAUUAUUGCAUGAGAAAAACAUCGGCGUAAAUGUUCAAGAUAAAUAUGGAACUACCGCUUUGCAAUUUGCAUGUUUAGAGGGUGUUUAUGAAAACGCAAAAAUAUUGUUAUAUUUCCGUGCUUCCGUUAACAUUAAGGACGAAAAUAACAACAACGCAUUACAUUAUGCAAUAAAAUCAGGGCGAAACAAUCAAGAUAUAAUACAAUUAUUGAUUGAUAAUGGCAUCGACCUAAAUACUCGAAAUAAAAAUGGAACAACUGCUUUACACCUUGCAUGCCUAGAAGGUAUUAAUGCUAAUGUGCAAAUGUUGUUAGAUUCUGGCACAUUGAUUAACAUCAUGGACAAAGAUCAGAACAACGCAUUACAUUAUGCCUCAGAAUCUAUGAACAACAAUGUACAUGUAAUGAAAUUAUUAAUUGAAAAAGGCAUCCACGUGAAUGAUCAAAAUAAAUAUGGAACGACCGCUUUACAAAUUGCAUGUCUAGAGGGUGUUUAUGAAAACGCAAAAAUAUUGUUAGAUUGCGGUGCUUCGAUUAACAUUGCGAAUAAUGCCAACAACAAUGCAUUACAUUUUGCAUCAGAAUCAAAAAAAGACAAUAGAGGUGUAAUAAAAUUACUGAUCGAAAAAGGCAUCGACGUAAAUGCACAAAAUGAAAAUGGAAAGACUGCUUUACAGUUUGCAUGUUUAGAGGGUAUUUAUGAAAAUGCAGAAAUGUUGUUAGAUUUCAGUGCUUCGAUUGGCAUUACUGACGAAGACAACAACAACGCGUUGCAUUAUGCAUCAUCAGCAGAAAACGUCAAUCGUUCUUUAAUAAAAUUAUUGAUUGAGAAAGGCAUCAACAUAAAUGCACAAAAUAAAAAUGGAAUGACCGCUUUGCAGCUGGCACGUUUAGAGGGUAUUCAAGAGAAUGUACAAAUGUUGUUGAAUUUAGGCGCUUCGGGUAACCGUAUAGACAAAGUUAAGAAGGAUACGGUGCAUUAUGCAUUGGCAUUACAGAAAGCAAAUCGAGACCUUUUGGAAGCUAAAAAGAAGAAAAGAGGAGGGUCAAUUUUUUAAAGGUGUACUUAGUUCAAAAUUGAAAGAAAAUGUAGGCAGAAGAUUGAGAAUCGUAAAUAUUUCAUCGUCGAAAUCUCAAAGCAUUCUAUGCAUGAUUGCAAAAAGUAUUAAAUCGGAUUAGAAGACCAGUGGAACAUAUGGCAAAUUCAGAAAUGUGGUGUGUACUUUCUGUUAUUCUUUUGGAAUAAUAUGAGUUAUAGUCUAAACUUGAUUUGGAUCUCUUGUCGAUCAAGAAAAAACAUAAAAUGCACAAUUCAGCAGAAAGUGAAUGUGAUAAGAAUGUAACGCUGUAAAAAAAUAUGUCACAGAAGCAUAAUCGUAGUACUCCGAGCUGCACGCGACAUACAACAAGAAAAAGAAUUCUGAAGGUGAAAAAAUUAUAAUUAUUGUACUGACCUUAUAGACGUUUGGAUUAUUAGAAGCCUAGUGUGACACGAUUAUACACUAAACAGUCUUAUAGUAUUCUUAGUUAUAUUAGAACUGUUGUAACAAAUUUUCUUAAGGCAUUUUUUGUAUUCACAAUACAUAGAUAUUUAUGUAAAUUAUUAUUACAGGAGAGUUGGAAUCUAAUAAUUGUAAACGAUUUGAAGGAGUUUAUUGUGAUGUAUGUCAUUUAAUUUGAGCAUUUAAUUAAAAUGAAUGUAAAUUUAAAUUAAUAUUAGGUAGGAUGUAGCAUUAGAAUUAACUGUUUUAGCAAAGUGUUUAGAUAGCUAAGACUGGUUAUCCACAACGACACUCUUUCAACCAACUGGACUAAUGCGACGUACGACGUAGCUUUUAAAUAAUUUUGUUACAUUUGUUUUUAUUAGGUAAACAUUUUAACUGUUUAUGGUAAUUAAGUGUUUCUGUUGUAUUACUUUAUGUUAAUCUAAACAUCACCAUGUUCUUGGUUGAUUUAAAAUGUCGGAACUGGAGAAUUGUCUUAAUUUCAUAAAAAGUUGUACAUUUAUUUUGUUGAUAUAAAUUUGUUAUUUUGUUUUUAAAAAGAUGAGAAGGUUUUGCAGCUGGGUAAAUAAGUUUCUUGAAAAUUUAUUUCACAGCUUUUUUCCUUCUCCAAAGAGGAAAAAAGCCGUCCCUUGACAAAAUUGAAUAAAAGAUGUUCUCUCCAUA